AUGAUUCUGCCAGUGGUGUUCCUGUGUCUCACAGCUGUGGUGCGUCUGUCCAAUGGAGAGGAACCUGAAGAUUUCGACGCUCUGUCAACUGACAGAACAGAUCAGCAAAACCUUAUUGUUGACACACAUAAUACCCUCAGGAGAGGAGUAAAACCAACUGCCAGCAACAUGUUAAAGAUGGAAUGGAAUGCUCCAGCUGCAAAGAAUGCCCAAAACUGGGCAAAUAAAUGUACUUUAAGUCACAGUCCUGCUAACAUGAGGAGAACCAAUGUACAGUGUGGGGAAAAUCUCUUCAUGUCGUCUGGCCCUUUUUCAUGGUCAGAUGUUAUUCAGUCCUGGUACAAUGAGAAGGAAGAUUUUGAAUACGGAACUGGAGCAAAAACACAAGGUGCUGUGAUUGGGCAUUACACUCAGGUGGUUUGGUACAAUUCUUAUCAAAUUGGAUGUGCUGUCUCUUACUGUCCCAACAGGACAUUCAAAUACUUCUAUGUCUGCCAUUACUGCCCCAUGGGGAAUCUAAUAAGUUCAAUUCCGACACCCUACAAAAAAGGAGAACCCUGUGGUGAUUGUCCUGAUGCUUGUGAGGAUGGAUUAUGCACCAAUCCCUGCAAGUAUCAAGACUUCUUUGGAAAUUGCGGAAAUCUGAAGAUGUUGUUUAGCUGUAACCAUCCACUGGUGAAGGCAAAGUGUCCUGCUACCUGUAGUUGCACCACUCAAAUCAUAUAA